AUAUCUCAUCUUCCUGCUGGGAGGUAUCAAAUACCUCUAACAAUUCCGUGCACAAAGCUCUGUCAUGCAAUUCCAGCAUAGAAGCAUUGCCGUCAUCAGAAAACGAGACCUUAACUGAUGACAUUCUUCGUUCUUUAGCAAGAUCACUUAAUGCAUCCAUCAAGCUGAUCUCCGAGUUUGACUACAGCUCAAGAAAUAAUUACACCGCCACCAUUGCAUUUAUCUUAGAUAUUGAUAAAGAGGCUUGGAAACAAUCCAACUUUACCAGUCACAUGCAAAUAGUUGAAGCUAUCGCUUAUAUUAGUGCUAAUCUGAUUGAAAAAGUGGACCAGUUCAAUUCUAGCGUACUUAACAAGACUUUUGAGGUACCUUGGAACAACACCGUUGUUUAUGGAGAUCCCGGAAGCCUUCUUGUUUACCCUCUGUCUCCGGAAUGUCCCUCCGGACAGGCCCUCGAUGGAAAUGGAUACAUUUGUGCAAACUGUCCUGCUGGCUCAUUAUAUGAAGAAGAGAAUGAAACAUGCGCAGAAUGUCCGUUCGGAACUUACCAACCUGUGCAAGGACAAACAAGAUGUAUUCCCUGUGGCACAAACCUCACAACAGCCUUUAAUGGAACAGUGGAAGAGUCAGACUGUAUUGCUGAUUGUCCAGCUGGUUCAUACAGUACAAAGAACAAAAAAUGCUCUUUUUGUCCGCUUGGUAUGUAUCAACCAUCCCGAGGGAAGCCAGCUUGCAUUGCUUGCAGUAAAAACCUAACAACAAUUACCAACGGAACUGUUGAAGAAAUACACUGUAUAGGUAAGUUAACAUUUGUCACAUUUUCAGUUCAAAUAGAGGGCCAUUGAAGCUAUAGCUUCUGGCCACAAAACGUUAGCAAAUUGGCUGGCAUAGAAGCAACUUCUUCCUUUUAUGUUACGUUUUGGCAAAAGAGGAUUGAGGCCUCUCUUGGUUUUGUGUUGUACCUAGACAGCCCCUAACGCAGGAAAACGGAAAAUGAUCAAAUCACGAUUGGAUUUAGUCUUAGAUUUGAUUGAUUCAGAGGAGGUGCAGGUCUUCUAAAAAAGUCUAAAGGCGUGGUAAGGCA